AUGUCCCCAUCACGGUCAUGCCAUCGGUGCUCUCACUGCGCGAGGGAGUUUGCUCGCGCCGAGCACCUGGUUCGCCACGAGCGCAUUCAUACCAGAGAGAAGCCGUUCAAAUGCAAUCUUUGCGACCAGGGCUUCUCGCGAUCCGAUCUCCUUCGUCGCCACGAGAGGAGGGCGCAUCCUCCUCGUAGUGCAUGUGGCCGCGUCUCACGACAGCACACUUCAUCGCCGUGUCAGGGAGAUAUGAGAAUCUCAGAGACUCGCCGUUUCUCCCCGAUGGACGCUGCCGAGUGCCCCAACGCCUGGGCGUUAGGGGGCGAACAACCCCCCUUGUCCGACACCGACUUGGCCUUUUCACUGGCAGAGAGCCUGCUUCCUGACGACCUUUGCUGGCUCAGCCAACUUCAAAUUCCGAGUGAUGCCGCAUGCGCACCACAUCAAACAGCCGGACUCCUUUCGGAUGUGCCGAGUGGGCAGUCCGUCUUAUCUCGCCCUGGAUCUCCCCUGCCGCAGAGCAUUGCAGCCGGGCCCUCGAGCACCGACUCCGUACUGAUAUCUGACAUUUCGCAGCAGCAAUGGCAAUCUCUGCGAGUGGAGGUUAUACAGAGCGGAUAUCACAAGACAUUGCCAGCACCCGCCCCUCUGUCACAGCUUGUGCGGCGCUAUUUUGGUAGCUUCCACCGCCACCAGCCCUUCCUUCACGCAGCCACCUGGUCCUUUGAGACUGCGCACACAUCCUUGAUUCUCGCAAUGGCGGCAAGCGGCGCCCUAUAUAGCCUUGAGGGAGAUACCGCAGAAGAGCUGUGCCAAGCCGCAGUAGCAUGCCUGCAGUCUGAGAAGACGGGACUUUGGACACUACAAUCACUGAUGGUCUUGACGGCCUUCCGUGCCUGGAGCGGCAGUCCCGAUCAUCUGCAAACGGCGCUUGAUUUCUAUGGUCGAAUGACGGUGCUUGUCCGCCGAGAGUGGGCGAAUGUUCCUUGUCAAACCGAGACUUGGGAAGCAAUCACGUACUGUAUUUUCACCCUGAUGACGCUUGUUACCAUCGCUUUUGAUAUCCCCGCCCCGGUCCAGCCUGAGAAUCGGUUCGGCAUGCCCUGCGAUGAAAGCCAAUGGGCCGCCAAAACAACGGACGAAUGGUCUCAGUGCGUCCACAGCCCAGAAGACGCAGUCACCACAGCGCCACUGUCCGUAAGCGUGGUGGUGGAUCAGCUAAUGAGUGACGAAGCGCAGCACAUCCCCGCCCACAUCUCGGCCUUUGGGUGCCACAUUAUCAUUUCCUGCCUUGUGCAGCGAAUCAUCCUAUUCCGCCAGGCUUUGCCAGAGCCCGCAGAGGGCGACCACAGGCCGAUGUACUACCGCUUCCUCCGUGCUCUACGCAGGUGGCAGCAGAUAUGGGAGCGCGAGCCCAACGCUUCCCUGUCGCCGAGUAGCCCCCAAGGACCCAUGCUGUUCAAUAGCACCGCUCUACUACGGGCCGCUUACAUGCGUCUGGCAGCCGAUUACUCCUCCGUGCGCCAGGUAUUCAGCUGGUGUGAUUCUGUAACCACCAUUGAAGCAGCCAUCUGGGAAGUGUGUCCAAUGCGCCGGGGUCCAAGUGCCACGCGAGCGGCGCUCCAUGCCUGUCUCGCUCUCAGGGUCCCGGAGCAACUAGGGUUCAAUGUUGUUUCACGCACCAGCUUCUGGGUAUGGAGUGUGCAGCACCCCAUCUGCUACUUUGAGUGUGCGAUAGUUUUGUCUCAAUGGCUGCUCUCCUUUGCUGGUCCGGCCAACCCUAGCCCUGGCGUUGAACCUGUGUCUGACGAGGAGUGGAAGGUCUUGGAACUGGUUUCCCAGAUGCUCAGUAUCUCUGUCUACGAUGGCCCAGCCCCUGCAGCCCCGCCUGCAAUUGUGUUAACGCAGAUGGCCUCGACUGUUCUACAACGAUGGGCGCAGUUAUUAGAUACAAAGGCGACAACGGUCUGGGGCUUGAUUCCCAAGCUAUCUCAUGUCCUACUUCUGCACGCAGAGAACAUCACAGCGAAUUGUACAUCAUAG